ACGUCUCUUCGCCAGAGGACUCACCUGUCGACAUUCACCAUGGUCUGUUCUUUUCGCGAUACUCUGCUGCACUGGUGUGAUAAGUUAGAAUGAGAAAAAAUAUAUUUGUCUUACUUUAACUUAUUGCAUCAGUGCAAUAGUGCAGCUAAAAAGAACAACCCAACAUGUCGACCACGAGUAUCAUCUGCCAUAUUCGAAUAAACAGACGAUGUUUGUAACGGAAAGUAUUAUGCUUUUUUAAGUUAAUUUAACGAAACCACGUAUUAUAUAGGAUUGUAUUCUGUAAAAAAGGCCACUUGCACUUGAUAGCGCUUGAAUCUCAUAUCUUACGUUCUGGAGUACUGUGACAGCACAAACUUUAUAAUGUCGGUCCGCGGAUUUGGCCAAUGAUUUGGUGUUUGAAACAUAAUUAAUGUGUUGUUUGUGAAACUACUAAAUGAUGGAGAACUCAAAAAGAGUCUCUGACGAGGAGGCAAAAGUUCUCGAACCAGUUUUAAUAAAAAUUGACACGAAUGAACACAUAUGUAUCGACAAAAACGAAUUUAAAAUUGGACGUGCAAGAGACAAUGACGAGAUUUUAGUGGACCUCAGUAUAUCUAGAAGGCAUUGCAUUCUUCAAUGUGAAGGCGAGGACAAAUGGACGAUUAAAGAUUUAAGCUCUACUUCAACAUUUGUUAACAAUAAUGCAAUUAGUCCUGGCAAAGUACAAAAUAUCUAUCCGGGUGAUAUCAUACAAUUUAGUAUUAAUGAAACGUUUAAAUAUAUAUUUACUUUUGCUGAAAGAGACCGUUUCGCAAAAAAGCCACGUAUAGAUGAUAAGAUACUCGACACUGUACUUGUCAAGCAGAGAACAUUUGCUGAAAACCAAGAAUACCAGAGAAAGGAACUCAAGAAUAAGCUUGAGACAAACCAAAAGGAGCUAGUCGAAUUAAAGCAGCAGCUUGAAGAUUUAUUGUCACAACAAACUGUAGCUAAAGAUGAUAAAGAGAAUUUGUUAAGGCAAAUUAAAGUGCUAGAAGAUAAAAUAAAGGCGUGUAAUACUCAAGAAGAGCAUCUGAAUAACAUGUACUCUCAGUUAUUGGAAAAGUUGGAGAACGAGAGGCAACAGUUCGAGGUGAGGCUAAAUGAGGAAAAACAGAAGUGGCAAGAAGCAUUAAAUAUGAGUAAGCAGGAGAAAGAGAUGCUAGAAGUAAAGAUGAAAGAUCAAAUGGAGAAAUGGAGAGAGGAGCAGCAAGUGGAAUGGAGAAAGAUGAUGGAGAACAAGGUAAAGGAGGAGAAGGACAUUCAAGCGCAGUUAUUGAACGAAAAGAGUAUGCUAGAAGAGAAACUGAAAGAAACAGAGAGAGCCUUAAAGGAACAGGAAGCAAAAGCAGAAACUUCGCAGACAUUAUUGAGCGCAAGUACAUCAAAUGAGACUGUCGCAAGUACAUCGGAAUGUAUAUUCUUGAACCUGAAUGCUGGUGAAUACAAUGAGGUUCCGCAAUAUGAAAUAAUUGACACGAUAGAUCUGACUGAAAUAAGUCAAGAUAUUAUAGAGACUAACAUUAAGGAGACUGUUCUUGGAAAAGUGAGCGAUAUUAUGGAUGAACAGUUAACGUGCACCAUAUGCUCGGAAUUAUUUGUGAAAGCAACGACAUUAAAUUGUACGCAUACGUUCUGUCAUCACUGCAUAAGGUUGUGGAAUAGAAGACGUAGAGACUGUCCUGUCUGCAGAAAGCCAGUAACAUCGAUGAUUAGAUCGUUAGUUUUAGAUAAUUUUAUUGAGCGUAUGAUUGACAAUUUGCCUCCUGAACAUCAAAACACGAGAAAGAAAAUAAUACAAGAAAGAGAAGUAUCAGAAAUGAAGAAACGGUGUAAAAUGUGAAUCAAAUAAAACAAGAACUGCAGGAAUAUGGAUACUAAUAUUUUACUUUUUACGUUAAUUAUAUCUUGAAAGAAAUUUGUUAUCGCCUAAAUAGUUAAGUAAAGAUAUGUACAAAUGUUGGUAAAGGCUCUCUAACUGCUUCGAUACUUUAAAAAUA